UUCUGAAACUUUUCAACAACAUUCCAUUCCAUCCAAAAAACAAUGGAUAAAGACUCGGAUAGCACGGUCACAUCGCUGGACGAGAACACCGAGAAUUUUUGCAGUAAUCAAACGCGAGAUAUUCUAGCAGAAGGCAUUUUAAAUCAUUUCAAACCUGUUGUGGAGAAAUUGGAUGAACGUAUACAGGCUACAAGGCAGGCUCAACAAGAACUAAAGACACAAUUGGAUAGUUUGUCAGCCCAAUUGAGGGAUAUUGAGAAAGCUCAACAUAAUAUUCCUGAGUUUUCCGAUAAAGUUAAGGAAUUGAUAAACGUUAAACACAAAGUGACGGUCAUUGCGAAUAUUCUUAUCAGUAGUCAGGAGCGUUUGGCAGGUCUGCACAAACUAAUAGAAAAGGAGCAAAGGAGAAGGCAAGCUCUCCUGGAUUCAGCCAUAAGUACAAAUAUUUCCUAG